AACAAUAGACCCAGUGUCACUGUCCAAUCAGAGAGCAGCACAGAGGUUCCAUAGACACACAGGUCUGUAUUAGGUGAGUGGAGUUAGAGUUUGCUGUAUACUGUGUCCUGGACCCUUGAGAAUAAGAUCCUCAGUGCCGUUGUGGACGUCUCAGGAACUGUGUAGCCAUGGCAGAUACUGAGGAAGUGGUGGAGGAGGAAGUGCAGGAAGAAGGUAAGGUUGCUGGAAAGUCCACUUUUGAAAUCUUCUCUGCUUGAUUUCUUGCCUAUUAAUGAACUAUUAUUUGUUUAUUAAUUAAUAUUCCUGUAUGAAAGGGGAAUUGGUCACUUCAGCGGUUAAUCUUGAUGUGGCUUUAGAUUUUCUUCUGAAAUCAUAAGAUGUACAUACAGUAUGUAUAGGGAAAAAAUAUAGUUCUUAGCUUUGUAAAUGGAUUCUACCUGAAACCAUCCCAGUUUUAAAAAAAAUCUCUACUAUAGGCCUUUACAUAGAACAUUCAAAUGGAAGAACCACAAUUCUGGAAAAGUUGGGAUAGUAUGGUAAAUGCUAAUAAAAACAAAGAGGAGUGAUUUGUAUGUACUUUGACUUGGAUCUAAACAAAAAAUUUAUAUAGACAAGGCAUUUGAUGUUUUACCUAUUCAACGGCAUAGUUUUUGGAAGAUAAACGUUUAUUUUGAAAUUGAUUCAUGAAACACCUUCCAAAAAAGUUGGGACACUGGCGAUUUAGGACUAAUAGUGAUGUGACAAGUUGAAAAAAGAAGGUGAUGUGAAACUGUUAAGGCAAUCGUCUAAUCACAGUAUGUAAGGAGCCUCCAAAAAAAGGCCUAGUCCUUCAAGAGCAAGGAUGGCUCGAGGCUCGCCAAUCGGCCAACAGAUGCUUCAGCAAAUAGUCCAACACUUUGAGAACAACAUUCUUCAAAAACAAAUUGGUAGGAUUCUGAGCAUUUCACUUUCUACAGUGCACGAUAUAAUUAAAAGAUUCAAUUGAAGUAAUCCGGUGAAAUCUCGAAAACCACUUCUCAAUACGUGUGAUCUCCGAUCCCUCAGACGUCACUGUGUUAAAAACCGUCAUGAGUCUGUAAUGGCUAUUGUGACUCGGGAAUACUUUGGUAAACCUUUAUCAGUCAACACCAUUCACUGCUGCAUCCACAGAUGCAAGUUAAGUUUUUACUAUGCAAAACAGAAGCCAUACAUCAACACUGUCCAGAAGCAGCGCCGACUUCUCUGGGCUCGCUCUCAUCUGAGAUGGACAGUAGCACAGUGGAAUCAUGUUUUGUGGUCCAACGAGUCAACAUUUCAAAUAGUUUUUGUACAAAACAGCCAUCGCAUUUCACUGGCGAAGAGGGAAAGGACCAGUUGUUAUCAGCAUCAGGUCCAAAAGCCAGCGUCUGUCAUGGUAUGGGGGCGUGUCAGUGCCCAUGGCUUGGGUAACUUGCACAUCUGUGAGGGCAUCAUUAAUGCAGAAAAAUAUGUACACAUUUUGGAGCAACAUAUGCUGGCAUCCAGAGCAGGACAACGCCAAACCACAUUCUGCCCGGAUUACAAGCGCAUGGUUGCAUAAGCAGAGAGUGCGGGUGCUAGCAUGGCCUCCCUGCAGUCCUGACCUGUCUCCGAUUGAGAAUGUGUGGCACAGUAUGAAGUGGAAAAAAAUAAGGCAACGAAGGACCCACACAGUUGCACAGCUGAAGAAAUGCAUAAUGGAUGAAUGGGGGUAAAACUCCACGUACUAAACUUAACCAACCGGUGUCUUCAGCGUCCAAACACUUAAUAAGUGUUAUUAACUGAAAAAGUGAUGUUACACAGUGGUAAACAUUCGACUGUCCCAACUUUUUUGGAGUGUGUUGCAGUCAUCAGAUUUGAAAUGAGUGUUGAUUUUCAAAAACAUCAAAUAAUGUGUUAAUAAUGUGCUUUCAAUAUAGUACAGGGUGAAUUGAAUUUUCAAAUGACAAAUUUUUAAAAAAUAAAAAAUUGCAUUUUCCAUACUGUCCCAACUUUUUCUUAAUUGGAGUUGUACAUACCUCGGGUGUUGUUACUGUUUGUAGGACUACCGAUGGAUAAAAUAUAAAACUUUUCUAACUAGGCUAGUUUGGUGUCUCUAGCCAAGGUAUGGCACAAGUAAGCUUUAGCUGCUACAGCGCCAUGCAAAGUACAUUAUCUUUCCUUAUGCUCUGCUCAUAUCAUGUUCAUGUAAACUGCAACUCAUAUAGACAUUUACACACCUUUCCUGCUUAACAUGAGAGGGUGUUACUGUUUCAGUUUCAAACCCUUUACUGCUUUAAAAAAUGUUUAAAACAUUGGUGUAUAUCCAUUUUUCCUCACACUGUGUGAGUUAGCAUUUAGCAGAAUUGAGAGACUGUCAGCCAAUAAGAUACGAGUGUUUCCACAUAUUUUCCUGUAAACUCUGUCUGAUGGGUCUCACCUCCAUUCACUGACAACACUCCCAUCUUCAUUUUCUGACGUUCAGUUACGUCAUGACAAACUGCUCCAAGUGGAGAAUUAUUUGGGGCUAAAGAAAAAAUCUUCAGGGCUACAGCCCCCAAUGCCCAGUCCCACAUGAUUUAUUUUAAAAAUGCAUUUUACAUAAUAUUGUAUUCUUAACAAUAAAUUUAUAAUGCACGUAAUGUAAUUUUAUUGACAUCAGUAACUGUAAUAAAUUAUCAAUCAAUUUAAAAUGUAACGUGUUACAUUGCUGCGUUAUCAGAAAAAGUCAUUAGAAUACAUUAAAUACCCAACUCUGGUGUUAUGUUUCUAGGUUAAUACAGUACAUGUCUGGUAAUAAAGAAGCGUUUGUGACAUAUACAGAAUGACUGCCAGUUUCCUUUAUUAAUUUACAGGAAAGCAAAUAAAAUUGUCACAUUAUGAGAUGAAAUGCAAUUUAAAAAAAUGAUUCAUGAUAUGAUCUCUGUUUGUGGAUCUCAAUGUUCUGACGAAGGUGAUAAGUGUAUGCGCUUCGUAGUUCAGCUAUACAUAAUCAUACAAUUUAAUAUAACCAGUUAUCUCAGCACAACAUCUUAACAACGCCAUAGUGUGUGAAAGAAACUUCAUUUGGACCAUUCUGGAGCUGAAUGGAUUUUUCAGAAUUUUCUUCUAUUUAUUUAUCUACUAAUCCCAAUUAUGUCCACUCAGUUGAGGAGGAAAUCAUUGACGAAGUGCCUCCCCCUGAAGUGGAAGCACCUUCGCAAGAAAUUGAAGAACCAGAAGCUGAAGUAGAAGAACCAGAAGCUGAAGAAGAAGAACCAGAACCUGAAGUGGAAGCCCCGGCUGAGGAGGAGGCUGCAGAUGAGAUGAAACCAAAGCCAAAGAUGUUCAUGCAAAAUAUUGCAGCUCCAAAGAUUCCAGAGGGAGACAAAGUGGACUUUGAUGACAUUCACAGGAAGCGUCUGGAAAAGGAUUUGUCAGAACUGCAGUCCCUGAUCGAGGCUCAUUUCAUCCAGAGGAAGAAGGAUGAGGAGGAGCUCAUUGCUCUGGUCAACAGGAUUGAGAAGCGCCGUGCUGAGAGAGCAGAACAACAAAGGAUCCGGACAGAGAAAGAAAGGGAAAGACAGGCCCGUCUGGCGGAGGAGAAGGAAAGAAGAGAGCAGGAAGAACAAAGGAAGAAGCAUGAUGAGGAUGCCAAGAAGAAGAAGGCUCUCACCAACAUGACACACCAGUAUGGUGGAAUACAGCAGAAGAUGGAGGGUCGUAAAGGGGCAAAGAAACAGACUGAGAGGGAGAAGAAGAGAAAGAUUCUGGCUGAAAGGCGGAAGCCACUCAACAUCGACCAUCUGUCUGAGGAUAAAUUGAAAGAGAAGGCCAGUGAGCUGUGGCAGUGGAUGAUGGAGCUGGAGUCUGAGAAGUUUGACCUCAGCGAGAAACUUAAGAGACAGAAAUACGAUAUGACUCUUCUCCAGUCCCGAAUCAAUGAGCAGCAAAAGUUUGCCAAAGGUCGUGGCAAGGGCAAGAUGGGCGGCAGGCUGAGGUAAACACACAACUAUCUGAGGUGCUCCAGGAAACCAGAAGAUUAAAUCUGUGCCAUUGAAACGCAUUCAACAAUCACACAGAACUAUUUUAUUGUUUGACAGCACAUGUAGCUCAUAGAAAUACAGUAAAGAGAUCUUUUGUUGUA